ACUCCUCCCCAUCCCGAGAUCCCUGCCCUCAUCAUCCCGUAUGGUGGAGACCCCUUCCUUGACCUCCCAGCAGAGCAGAGGCACCCACCGUCACCAUCUGAUGCUCUGGAGACUACUCCUUCAUCAUCCUGUACACUGAAGACCCCCACCUUGGGCUAGCAGAGCCCUUGUCUCCAUCUGCCAGGGCAGAAGAGACCCUCACAUCACAGCAGAGACACCUCCGUCAGCAUCCUGUACUCCAGACACCCCUGCCUUUAUCUCCUCGUGCAAUGGAGACCCCCACCUUCAUCAUGCCAGACAGUGGAGACCGCCACCCUCAUUACCGAGACACCACACAGCCCCACCUUCACCUGUUUGUACACAGAAGAUCCCCACGUCCAUCCCCCCUACGCCCCCUUUCAACGCCCUGGCAGAUGAAACCCGCAGACCCCACUUCAUGCCAUGCAUGGGGGUUGCAGCUUUCAUUGCUGUGACCCCCUCCUUGCUGCUGUCCUGGAGGAGGCUGGGAUCUGUGGGACCACCAGCAAGACACAAACUCCCACCGCCCUCCAGCAGCGCUCACAGCCCAAGGCACCAGAAGAGUCCUCCUGGAUCCCAUCCUCCAUUUCUGGGUGCAGGAGGAUGAUCCCAGCAAGGCUUUAUGGCCAUCCCACCUGAGCCACCAAAAUGUCCUGAAAUUGGUUCCUUCUCCUGGUGUGCAAGAAACCAAUCCCAUACAGAGCCCAGGGAUUUGAUUUCUUUUCAGUUCAGUGCCAGAGGUCAACCCUCAAGGCAAUCCCCAAUGAGCAAACUGUUCGCUAUUUCUACACUUUAGCAAACAAAUAUUAAACAUUCAUGACCUGCAAGUUACACAGUUCCUCAUUAAUUAGUAUUAAUUUGUAUUUUCUCUUCUAUUGGUUAAAUGUUUCUCUCUCUUGUGCUAAUUAGGCUGCAUGUUCAGUUUUCUCCUUUUGGGUCAGUGGAUUUCUUGACUCAGUGGUCGUGAUCUUCCCUUGUUGCAAUUAUCCACUCUGCCCUUUUGGCUGAUGGCCGGCCUUGUUUGCUCCUCUCCAUCUCGUGGCUGUGUGGCCAAGUGUCCUUGGUCUGUGUGUUCAUUCUUCCAUGGGCUCUGCUUCCCACUGAUGUAUUGGCUCCAGUUUCUUCUCUCUACGAGUGCUGAAGCUUAUUAAAGCUCCAAUUACUGGCGCGUAAUUGCACAGAAUUUCUCAGUUUGGAAGACGAACACCAGGGCGAGCAGCACCAACUGCAACAGAGUGCAACCAACUGAAACCGCUGAAGUGUUCUGGAGGCAACGGUAACUGCCACGCAGGAACUGGCAACGGUGGGACCCCUGCGAGCAGCACGCUGGAAACUGCUCAGUCUGCUGUUAUCCCACGGAGAGAAAGCCGGAGGGAGCAGCAGCAACCUCGGCAUGGAGAUGGUCUCGGGGCUGGGCAGAGCCCUGCGGCGCCGCAGGGCCCAGAGCAAGAACCGGGCCCUGCGGCGCGGGGCCAAGCGCCGGCCAGAGGAUCCCAGCAAGGCCCAGGAGUUUGCUCGCAGCCUCGGCGGCCUCACCCUGGGCCUGGCUCUGGCCAGCAUUUAUGGGGCUCUGGUGCUGCUGGUGCAGGGCCACAAUGUCUGGUACUGCCUGAGCGUUACCGUCUUCCUGGGCGCAGGGCUGGGCCUGGGCAUGGCCUUCUCCAUGAAGACACGGAUGAUUGUGCUGCUGGCACUGCCACACUUCUUCACCAGGGAGGGCAAGAUGCUGAUCAUGAUGCUGGCGCUGUGCCUGACCGUGCAAGGCCCUGGCACCAAUCUCAUGCACAACGUCUCCCAGCUCGCCAAGGCACUGUCGUGUGGGGCUGAACUGGCCCAAAACCAGACGGCCGAGCGGCUACAGCGCGCCAAGGAGCCGCUGCUGAACGUGCAGAAGAAAAUCAAGGAGAUUGGCCAGAAUGCCAAGGUGGUGGCUGACCGUGUCCGUAAGUUUGUUAGCUCCAUCAUAAACGCCACCAGACACAUCGCCCGGGCCCUGCGGAACGUUUGGGAGUGGCUGGCGCAGGCUGGUAGCAUGUGUAACCGCGAGCUGGGCUCGCCCCAGGGCAGCUGCUUUCGCUACAUGGACAAGGCCAAGGACAGGUGUGAGCGCGCCCUCUCCAUCUUCUUCCACCUCUGCUAUUUGGUGCACAGCUUCAAGGUCCUCUGCAAAAUGAUGGGUGCUGUGGGUGUCAUGUUCUGCACCAUCCCUCGGUACCUCCAGGUCUUCGUCCGGAGCACUGUCACAACCCCCCUCACGAAUGCCCUUAACCGUGUCCGUGCCGAGUUUGAGUUCAACAUCUCGGUCGUGCACCAAUUCAGCUUCAACCUCAGUGCCAGCAAGAGCCUGGGGGAGGUGUCUGCUGACAUGAUGGCGGCUGUGGAGCGGCACAUGGAGCCCUACCACCGCGCCCUGGAGUUCUUCUCCUACAUCUCUUUCUUGGCCAUCCUCUUCUUGUGCUAUCAAGCCGUGCGGUACAAGCGCCGCUACCUGCGGGACGACAUGUUUGACAACGUUUACAUCACACGGCGCUUCGUGGAGCUGGACCUGCGGUGUGCAGAGGAGGGCAAACCCACCGUGCUGCCCCUGUCGGCGCGGGAGAGGGGCCGCUACAUCCCCCCAGGCGCGCUGUGGCUGUCGAAGAUGGAGCGACAGCAGUAUGGGCUGCAGCUGUUUGCGUUCCUGCGCCAUGUGCUGCUGGGGUUCAGCAUCCUCCUGGCUGACUACAGCAUCUUCUGGCUGCUUGACCUGUUCCGGCACCAGCUGAGCGCAGAGAUCAUCGCCAGGGCGCCAUCGACAAUGACCAUCAGCGUCAAUGGGACGGGCUACACCAGUGAGAUCUUCCAGGAUCUGGCCUCUGCCUUCAACGCGCUGCAGGAGGGCAAGGUCUCGGUGCUGUCCCAGGUCUGCCUCAUCCAGCCCGUGGAGCCUGACCACAACACCCACAUCACCAUAGGAAUCCUGUACGGUGUCUGGCUCUUCAUCGCUGUCUUCGGUUCCUACAUGGCACGCCUGCGCCGGGCAGUGUGUGCUGCCUACUUCCCAUCCCGUGAGCAGGAGCGCCUUAUCUUCCUCCACAACAUCAUCCGGGCACGGCGGGAAUGGCUGAUAUUUGCCCUGCGCCAAGUCGGCACACGGAACUUGGCUGACACCGGGAAAAGCAGGCUCUUCCUUAUCCUCAUUGCCAGGUUCCCUCUCUUUGCCCGCCUCUCUCGCCGUUUGGGCAUCCAGCGCAAACACUGCCUGAUCUGUGGGACGGGAGAGCAGCCGGAUUUCACUGCCUGCAUCACACCUGGCUGCAAAGGGUUGUAUUGCAAGGAGUGCUACACAGCCCUGAACAACACCUGCUCCGUCUGCAUGGCCCCCCUGAGCUACCCGGACUCUGGGGAUGAGGAGAUGGACUCCAGUGACGAGGAGACGCCGAGGCUGUGGCUGGGUGCUGUGCAGGCACUGCAGGGCCAGGAGCGAGGGCGGCAGCUGCUGCAGCGCAUCAAGGACAUGAUAAAGGGCCGGAGACUCCCCUUCAGAGCGGCCAGCCGGCUGCAAGACCAGCUGGAGAAGGAGGAGAGCGAGGAGUUGCUCUCCAGGUGAGGGCUGGCUGUGGGGAUGGCAAUGUCCUCCU